GCAAGUAUUUACACGGCUCUUACGUCAGCAAAGGAUCUUCACUUUUGUUCGGCUGAAGUCUUGGCUUUGAUACAGUACUAGUAUCCUCAAAACUGUAUCCAGCGGUGUCAACGUGUGAACAUCACAACCAAAGCAACACUGAAGCAAAGACGCUAUCAUGCUACCUACGGUACUAGCUACCUCCGCGUUUUAAUGCUACCCUACCAUAUGGCAUAACAACAAUACAGUAAUAUGGCCACCCCUCCCGCGUUUCGAGAGGUUUUCACCUGCAAAUUGACCUCACCCACCACUUGCUAUUCGGUUCCCAGACAAGUUUCACAUAGGAAUAAUGAGGAGGAGGAGGAGGAUAAUAGUAAUACCCCUUGGACUACUUGGGCUCGUCUGGCCACAGAGCGACAUGUGAUGGAAGUCCAAAUGGAUAAUCGUCAUCAAGAUAAUCAAGUUUUCGUUCAACAAAAUCCAGUCUUGACUCCAUCGGGGAUACCCAAGAAAAUUGCCAAGAACCUACGGUGUGCCGGAUACGACUCUUGCGGUGAUUGGGAAGUCUUUGUAUUGCUGGAUGCAUCACGCGUGAGUGAGCAAGAGGAGGAGGAACUUCAGCCACACACAACCACAACACAACAGGGUGAUGACGGAACCAUUGUUACCAUGGAUGGAGCUGGGUCGACGGCGGCAGCUUCCAACACUAACAACAAUCGACCGAGACGACGAGUCUCCAGCAGUAAUAAUUCCGUAUCUUCGACGGACACGGGAACCACUGCCAUGACGGUCGGAUCCACCACCUCGGCUGCCUCAUCGGCCACACCGGCCGUCAUUAAUAUUGAUACCACAGCAUCAUCAUCCAUAUCCACCACCACGGCAUCAUCCGCCAAUGUUACUACUGGAAAUAAUAUUGCUACCAACAAUGCCGCUACUACUGGCAAAUUGGCCAACCUGGUGGAAGAAAAAGACGAAGAAAAGGACAAUGAUCAAGAAGAAGAAGAACAAAACAAACAACCCCUGGCCAGAAUUGUACUGCAGCAUUGCCAAACCAAACGACAAUUCUCCAAAGGAAUCGAGUAUCGACCUCUGGCUCCCAAAAUUGUUAUUUUGCAGCAGCCCAGACAAGAAUCCGAGACUGCCGUUGUAGGAGUGUGGGUUGGUAGUGCCGAUGAUACCAAGCUACGACUCUUUCGAACCCCCACCCAUGAUUGUACUAGUUUAGGUGCAGAGUCUUCUUCUUCUUCUUUGUCGUCAUUGUUGGUCGAGACAAACAUUAUGGGGUGCCCUGUUGACGACGAGGAAGAAAACACCACAACAACUAAUACAAAGGCAUUGUCACCAAUUUCCUUUCAGUCUCCCAUCAUGGCCAUUGAUUGUGUCUCAUUAUCACCACACGAGCAAGAGCAGCCAUCAACACCUCGUGCCGGCAAUCUACCAACAUUAGAAAGAACAGAAGAUGAUUUUGCUAGUGAUGAUGAUGGAGAGGAGGAACAGGGGUUAGUAUUGGAGCGACCAAAAGAUCAUAAGGAUACGAGCAUCACCGAUACAGAUACACGGGGCUUAGUGGGUGUGGCGUGUCAAGACGGGACUAUACGGUUCUAUGGGUAUUCUUGGUCUGCAAUUGACAACAGCAAUACACUGCAAUGCCGGGAGGAAUGCACGGUCGUAGUCGACGGUCCCAUCGUGUCGCUUCACCUGCAUGUCCAUGCUGCAGAUUCACCACAUCAAGCACAAGAACAAUCACAAGACAACAACAACAACAAAGACAAUGCGGUAGAAGCUAUCGUUGGGUCGUUGUGUGGCUAUGCGGCUCGAUUCUACAAACCCUCCAUGGAUGUUUUCUCGUGGCAAGGCCCCUUUAUGGUCGCCGAAGGCUUUGGUACAGCCAUGAAUGAUCCAUCAGCAGCAGACGAGCAAGACGAAGAAGACUCUAUCCUGGCCGUGCACGCUUGGGAGGACAAAGUAGCUUUGGGGACCUAUUCGGGGAGAUGCUUGCUCUUUGGGAGGGAUGCUGCAACAGAAAACAACAGCAAGACUGCACACGACGACGACUAUGGGAUGCCGUAUUGGGAUUGUCAACUUCCCGAUCCUAUUCACGGUAUUUGUCCUCUACCAACAACACUAGCAACCACAAGUGGAAGCAAUGAAGCAGGAGGCGCGAUGAGACUCCUCGUAACAACACGAAGAUCCCUGCACAUUUUUCAGGAAGUUCCCAGGGAGUAUGACCCAGAACGAGCCAAACGCAAGCUGGAGAUGCUCUUGUCGCACCAACGGCAACAUGACCGAAAGAAUGUUGUCGGCGGAGCCGCCAACACAACACCCCGCCCAGAAACAACCACAACCACAACGGCAGAUGAAGAUACAAAAGAACAAAGAGAAGCAGACGCAAGCAUGGCUGACGAUGACAUUAAUUCCGCUAAGGAAUCUGAUGUCUCGCCAACAAAGGCACACACCCGUAGUGGUGCCAGUAGCACAGAAGAGACAUCAACUAAAGUAGAAGUAGAAUGAUCGAUUCUUUUGAUACCUAGUUUUUAGAUCCAUCCAAUCCACAAAUAAAUAAAUGCCGUGUGAUUAGUGUGAUAACAGUCUGUGUGAAUGGUUUGCGUCAUUCUUUUUCAUCCUUUCCUACUAAUUCUCCUUUUCGCUAUCUUCGUCUUCUUCGUUGUUCUUAUUUUUCUCUUGCAUGCAGGCGGCAACAUAAUCUCCCUCUUGCCACAAUUUGCCCAGCUUUUUGUGUUUGGCUUGUGCCAUUGUUUUUUCCACAAUCUUGGAAAUAUCGGCUUGUACCUCUUCAAUGGAUUGAGCCGCCGACACGACAUGCCACGGCACUUGCGUGUCCAAUUGCUGCAAUUUCUGAAAUCGCUGUCGGACGCGAAUUUGUAAAUCUUUCGUUUCGUAUCGUUCCUCUCCGUAUCCUCCUCGUUGUUGGGCUUCUUCCUGAGACAAGUCUAGAAAAAUGACGGCGUCGGGAGCGGGCAAUCCCACGUCGGAUUGUUGCACCAUUCCAAGGACAAUGGCUCUCCCGUUGCAGGCUGUUUGGCCGAGGAAAAGGCCACUCCCGAGUAUGCGUAUCGAUCGCAAAUGACGGUUUCCUUUCGGUGGAACAAGUGAUGCUCCAAUUUGUGAGCGCCUUCCCAGCGAUUGGCACUAAAGAGCAAAUGAAUGGCGCGAUCGUCCAGAUCGGUUCCACCUGUCAAGUACUGGUUAAUCAUGGCACCAAUGGCCGUGGUGCGAUCGGGAAAUCGCAUCGCCACGGCGGGAAUGUUGUCCGAGCGCAGUUGGUCCAGUAGUAGUCCGCAUUGCGUCGUCUUGCCACAGCGGUCCACUCCUUCCAUGACUAUAAAGGCGCCGCGGCUGGCAUUAUUGUUAUUGUGGUGAAGAGAGGUAGUAGACGAUACCGCUGCAGCAGCAGCAUUGUUGAUGAGUGGAUUGGUGACGAGCAUCUUGGAUGUUGAAGAGAUAAUAAUAUAAAAUGGUUGUGCGAACACAGCUGCUACCCUCCAAGAAGAAAAUGGCGGCAAUCCCAGACGUUGACGAAAAUGACAAUUAUUUCGUCCGGAGAUUGACUUCAGAGUGAUGGAUUUGGCCAUUGAUUUCUUUCCAUCAACUAACUCACUCAGGACGUAAUAAUGGCAUCAAUUU